GGAGGGAGGAAGGGGCCGCCGACGCGGGCAUGAGCUGGACGCGGCGUGCGCUGCAGGGCUGAGCCGACAUGAACCUGCACCAGGUGCUGACCGGGGCCGUGAACCCGGGCGACCACUGCUUCUCGGUGGGCAGCGUCGGCGACCGGCACUUCACGGCUUAUGCAUCUGGAUGUGACAUUGUAAUACUGGGAAGUGAUUUUGAAAGAUUACAGAUAAUUCCAGGAGCUAAACAUGGAAAUAUUCAAGUGGGAUGUGUAGAUUGUUCAAUGCAACAAGGCAAGAUUGCAGCAUCAUAUGGAAAUGUUAUCUCCGUUUUUGAACCAGUUAACCUACCAAAGCAAAAGAAGAAUUCGGAACCGUAUAGUCAGUGGCAGAAAAGUGGCCAGUUUUUUCUGGAAUCAAUAGCACACAAUAUAACUUGGGAUCCCACAGGCAGUCGUCUUUUAACUGGUUCCAACUGUUUGCAACUGUGGUCUAAUACCAGCUUGGAGAAGCCAGCUGAAGAUGAAAAUCCAGAUAAAGCUGAUCUUAACUUUGGGGACUGGAGGUGCAUUUGGCAUUGCAAAACUGCUUCCCAAGUUCAUUUAAUGAAAUUUUCACCAGAUGGAGAAUUUUUUGCCACUGCUGGGAAGGAUGACUGUCUUUUAAAGGUUUGGUAUAACGUGGAAAACUGGCGGACAGCCGUUACUUCUCCAGAUACAAGUCCAGAAAAACAAUCCCAAGGAGAAAUGGACUUUUCCUUUGUGUACCUGGCCCAUCCUCGAGCUGUAAAUGGAUUUUCCUGGCGUAAAACAAGCAAAUACAUGCCUAGGGCUUCCGUUUGUAACGUGCUGCUGACGUGUUGCAAGGAUAAUGUGUGUCGUCUUUGGGUAGAGACGUUUUUACCGAAUGAUUGUUUGCUGUACGGAGGCGACUUCAGCCAUUGGACUGAACCAAUUCACUUAAAUAACUUCAAGAGAAACACUUCCAGUAAAGAACGAGUUCAAAAUGCUUUAGAAGUGAAUCUGAGACAUUUUCGCAGAGGGCGGAGGAGGUCGCUGGCCCUGGUUGCACACACGGGGUAUCUGCCUCAUCAGCAGGACCCUCACCUGGUCCACAGGAGCACUCCACUGCAUGCCAACGCACUCUGCCACUUCCACAUUGCAGCCAGCAUCAACCCAGCCACAGACAUUCCACUUCUUCCAUCUAUUACGUCUCUGAGUCUAAGUGAAAAUGAAGAGAAGAAUGGGCCUUUUGUGGUACACUGGCUAAACAACAAAGAACUACAUUUCACUUUGUCCAUGGAAGUCUUUUUACAGCAACUGAAAAAAAGUUUUGAACAGCCAUCUUCUGAAGCUAGUGCAGAAGACUCUAAUCAAAUAGAUGUAAAAUCUGAUGAAGAAAUGGAAGAUGAUGUUGAUGAUCUGAAAAUAAAUCAUGAAAAGAAGGAACUGGACGCUGAUAAAGUGGUACCAAGCUCAAGUUUUACACCAUUACCGUCAGCUGCUAUUGAUCAUCAGAUCGAAGUACUUCUGUCUGAAUGGAGCAGAAAUGCAGACAUGCUCUUCAGUAUCCAUCCCAUGGAUGGCUCUCUGCUGGUUUGGCACGUGGACUGGCUGGAUGAAUACCAGCCUGGGAUGUUCCGUCAAGUACAGGUGUCCUUCGUUUCCAGAAUUCCGGUAGCCUUCCCCACGGGCGAUGCCAACUCGCUCUGUAAAAGUGUGGUGAUGUACGCCUGUACCAAGAACGUGGACUUGGCCGUUCAGCAAGGGAAGCAGAGACCUUCCGGCCUUCCUCGUUCCACAUCAGUGCUCAUCUCCUCUGCUCACAGCAAAUCAUCGAAUAGUUUAAAAUUAAGUAUUUUUACCCCUAACGUUAUGAUGAUUUCAAAGCACGCUGAUGGUUCUCUGAACCAGUGGCUGGUCAGUUUUGCCGAGGAAUCUGCUUUUUCUACAGUCCUCAGUAUUUCCCACAAGUCCAGAUAUUGUGGUCACCGCUUUCAUCUUAACGAUUUAGCUUGCCAUUCAGUGUUGCCGUUACUGCUGACCACGUCACACCAUAACGCACUGAGGACGCCAGAUGUUGAGAGCCAAAAGCAACCUUACAGUGCUGUAACUCCCGAAGGAUGUUCUUCCACACAACAAAACAAAAGCACCAUUGAUGUGGCCUUUCAGGACCCCAAUGCAGUGUACAGUGAACUUAUUCUGUGGAGGGUUGAUCCAGUUGGGCCAUUGUCUUUCUCUGGAGGAGUUUCUGAGCUUGCCCGGAUUAAUUCCCUUCACGUUUCUGCCUUUUCCAACGUGGCAUGGCUGCCCACUCUUAUACCCAGUUACUGUCUCGGUACAUACUGUAACUCUCCCAGUGCAUGCUUUGUAGCAAGUGACGGACAGUAUCUGAGAUUAUAUGAGGCAGUUAUUGAUGCCAAGAAACUUUUAUAUGAGCUUUCCAACCCUGAGAUAUCUAAAUAUGUUGGUGAAGUAUUUAACAUCGUCAGUCAGCAGUCAACAGCCAGGCCAGGAUGCAUUAUUGCCUUAGAUCCCAUUACCAAACUGCACGGCAGAAAAACCCAGCUGCUUCAUGUUUUCCAAGAAGACUUCAUUUUGAAUAACCUUGAGAAGAAAAGUCUGGGAAAAGACAGCAUUUUAUCUGAUGCAGGGAGCUUACCUAAUGGAUUCUCUGAAAAGUUCUACCUAAUUGUAGUAGAAUGUACUCAAGACAACCGAUCACUGUUACACAUGUGGAAUUUACACUUAAAGUCAAUUCCUGUCUCAUUGGAUGAAAAACUAGAUACAAAAAUAUCUGAUGCAGUUGGGCAGACAGAAGAACAUUAUUCUUCUUCUCCAGACAAGAUCCUAUCCCCCUUUUCACAAAAGUAUCAGGCUUGCAGAGCAAAUCUCCAGAGUACUAGCAAGUUGACUCUCCUCUCAGAAAUGGUUUAUAGCCAAGAGUUGGAUUUGCCAGAUGGAGUUGAAAUAAUAAGUAUUAAGCCUUCAGCAGGACACCUGAGUUCUUCUUCCAUUUAUCCUGUCUGCAGUGCUCCUUACUUAUUGGCAACUUCAUGCUCAGAUGAGAAAGUCAGAUUCUGGCGGUGCAGAGUAACAGAAGAAGAAUCUGCCACACCAAAGAGUGGAGACAUGCGUCUCACAUACGUUUGGGAAGAAUGGCCGUUACUUAUUGAAGAUGGACUUCAGAGCAAUAGUAGUGUCACUGUACCUGGUAGGCCUGUAGAAGUGAGCUGUGCACACACAAAUCGUUUAGCAGUAGCUUAUAAGCAGCCUGCAUCUAACAGGAGAUUUUCUCAAGACUUUGUGAUGCAUGUGAGUAUUUUUGAAUGUGAGUCUACAGGAGGUUCAUGUUGGGUCCUUGAACAGACAAUUCAUUUAGAUGAGUUAAGUGCAGUAUUAGAUUCUGGCAUUAGUAUCGACAGCAAUUUAGUGGCCUAUAAUCAGCAAGAGGCAUACUUACCCAAUAGGGAGAGUAUCACCUCUAACACCAAGCAUUUAGUUCACUUAGAUUGGAUGUCUAGAGAGGAUGGUUCUCAUAUCCUGACGGUGGGAAUUGGAUCAAAACUUUUUAUGUAUGGACCUUUGGCUGGGAAGGUACAAGAACAGACUGGUAAGGAAAGCCUGGUAUUUCCUCUCUGGGAGGGUACUAAAGUUGUGCCCCUUUCUAAAUUUGUACUGUUACGAAGCGUAGACUUGGUUUCUUCUGUAGAAGGCUCCCCACCGUACCCCGUUUCUUUAUCGUGGGUCCGGGAUGGCAUCCUCGUGGUAGGAAUGGACUGCGAGAUGCACGUGUAUUCCCAGUGGCAGCCGUCUUCUAAACAAGAAGCUGUCAUAACGGAUUCGUACAACGGGAGCACCCCAUCUAUAACAAGUUUAAUAAAACAGAGUAACUCAUCAAGUUCUGGGUUACAUCCUCCAAAGAAAACUCUGACUCGAUCCAUGACCAGUCUUGCGCAGAAAAUCUGUGGAAAGAAAACCGCACUUGAUCCUUCUGUGGAUGUGGAAGAUUCUGGUCUUUUUGAAGCGGCACAUGUACUUUCUCCAACUUUACCUCAGUAUCAUCCUUUGCAACUUUUGGAACUCAUGGAUCUUGGCAAAGUUCGGAGAGCAAAGGCUAUCCUAUCGCAUCUUGUCAAGUGCAUUGCCGGGGAAGUUGUAGCUCUGAAUGAAGCCGAAUCCAAUCAUGAACGCCGCCUUAGGUCUCUCACCAUCAGUGCCAGUGGGAGUACAACCAGAGACCCCCAGGCGUUCACCAAGGCGGAAAACACAGACUACACAGAAAUAGACUCUGUCCCACCACUGCCUUUGUAUGCCUUACUUGCGGCAGAUGAUGAUAGCUGUUACUCAUCUUUGGAAAAAUCGAGUAAUGAGAGUACUUUAAAUAAAUCAGACCAGUUAUCAAAAGAAAGUUAUGAUGAGCUUUUUCAGAGCUCAGCUCCGAUGACUGAUAUUCAUGUGUUAGAGACAGAUGAAGAAAAUAUAAAGCCCAAAGUCAUUGACCUUUCGCAGUACAGUCCAACUUACUUUGGUCCUGAGCAUGCUCAGGUUCUUUCCGGCCACUUACUUCAUACUAGUUUGCCCGGACUCAGCCGGAUGGAACAGAUGUCUCUGAUGGCUUUGGCAGAUACGGUUGCAACCACAAGCACAGAUAUUGGAGAAAGCAGAGACAGAAGCCAAGGUGGAGAAACUCUUGACGAAUGUGGAUUAAAGUUUCUCUUGGCUGUUCGACUCCAUACUUUUCUAACAACUUCCCUUCCAGCUUAUCGAGUUCAACUUCUUCACCAAGGCCUGUCUACUAGUCAUUUUGCUUGGGCAUUUCACUCAGUAGCAGAAGAAGAACUGCUAAACAUGUUGCCAGCAAUGCAAAAAGAUGAUCCCACUUGGUCUGAACUACGAGCUAUGGGUGUGGGCUGGUGGGUCCGGAAUACCCGUAUUUUACGUAAAUGUGUGGAAAAAGUUGCUAAAGCUGCCUUUUAUAGAAAGAAUGAUCCUUUAGAUGCUGCCAUUUUUUACCUUGCAAUGAAAAAGAAGGCUGUGAUUUGGGGAUUAUAUAGAUCACAAAAGGACACCAAGAUGACACAGUUUUUUGGACACAAUUUUGAGGAUGAGAGAUGGCGUAAAGCAGCUUUAAAGAAUGCUUUUUCCCUGCUUGGAAAACAAAGAUUUGAACAUUCUGCAGCAUUUUUUCUUUUAGCUGGUUGCCUCAGAGAUGCAGUUGAGGUAUGUCUUGAGAAAUUGAAUGACAUUCAGUUGGCUCUUGUAAUAGCAAGACUCUAUGAGUCUGAAUUUGAUACAUCUGCAACUUAUAAAUCUAUUUUACGUAAAAAAGUUUUGGGAAUUGAUUCUCCUGUCAAGGAACUCAAUUCAUUGAACAUAAAUACUCAUUCUGAUCCUUUCCUUCGGAGUAUGGCCUGUUGGAUUUUGGAAGAUUAUAGUGGUGCUCUUGAAACAUUAAUAAAGCACCCUGUCAGAGAGAAUGAUGAUCAAGUCAUGAUGUCAGCCUGUAAUCCUGCAGUUUUUAAUUUCUACAAUUACCUAAGAACACAUCCUCUUUUGCUGAGACGUCAUUUUGGAUCAACAGAUACAUUUUCCACACACAUGAGUUUAUCAGGAAAAAGUGGACUAGCAGGAACAAUUAAUUUAAGUGAAAGAAGAUUAUUUUUUAGUACUGCCAGUGCUCAUUUAAAAGCUGGCUGCCCCAUGUUGGCUUUGGAAGUAUUAUCAAAGAUGCCCAAAGUCAUUAAGAAAACAAGACCUUUUUGUAGAGCAUCUAGUUUUCUGGAUACUAGUAAAGACUGUUCUCCAUCUUCUCCGUCAAAAGUGGAUGCAAGGGAAGAGAAGUCUUCUGCUGUCGAUUGGUCGCAGUCACUGAUGAACGGUUUUGGAUCUUCUUCAGAGAGUUCCUCAGAGAAGCAGUCAAACUCUACUCUUUCUUUUGACUGGAGCCAACCUAGCGUUGUAUUUCAGGAUGACUCUUUAGAAUUAAAAUGGGACAGUGAUAAUGAUGAGGAAGAUGAGGAGCUCCCUAUUUCAAUGAGAGAGCCAAAACCUUUACAGAGAAAAAUCGAUAAAAAAUUAGAUGAAGUAAGUUCUAAUUACACUGAAUCAUUUAGCACACUGGAUGAAAGUGACAUUCUAAAUCCAUCAGAAGAUAUAAUUGCAGUUCAAUUGAAAUUUAGAGCAUGUUUAAAGAUUCUCACAGUAGAACUUCGCACUUUGUCUACUGGCUAUGAAAUAGAUGGUGGAAAAUUGCGUUACCAACUAUACCACUGGCUUGAGAGAGAGGUGGUGGCUCUUCAGAAGACUUGUGACUUUUGCUCAGAUGCUGAAGAACUACGGUGUGCAUUUGACAGAAAUGGAGAUGAAGUUGGAUUAAAUAAGAGUGUUGAAGAUUCACUUCACCAAACAAAAGUGAAACAAUUAAGAGAAAGUUUUCAGGAAAAAAGACAGUGGCUCUUGAAAUACCAGUCACUCCUGAGGAUGUUUCUUAGCUAUUGCAUACUCCACGGAUCCCAUGGUGGGGGUCUUGCAUCUGUGAGAAUGGAAUUGAUUUUGCUUUUACAAGAAUCUCAGCAGGAAACAUCAGAACCACUAUUUCCUAGCCCUUUGUCCGAGCAAACCUCAGUGCCUCUUCUCUUCGCUUGUACAGCCAGUGCCAAAACAGUAGUUGCCAAUCCAUUAUUGCACCUUAGUAAUCUAACCCAUGAUAUUCUGCAUGCCAUAAUAAACUUUGAUUCACCACCCCAUCCUGAUAGCCAAAGCAAUAAAGUAUAUGUAAUGCACACUUUAGCAGCCUCACUUUCUGCUUGUAUUUAUCAGUGCCUUUGUGGUAGUCAUAACUACAGUUCAUUGCAAACCAAUCAAUUUACUGGAAUGGUGUAUCAGACAGUACUGCUUCCCCAUCGACAUUCUUUGAAAACAGGAAGCUUAGAUGAGGCGAUAACUCCUAAUACAUCACCAGCUCAGUGGCCAGGGAUAACUUGUCUAACUCGACUUUUGAAUUCUUCUGGCGAGGAAGCCCAGUCAGGGCUUACAGUCUUGCUCUGUGAGAUUCUCACAGCGGUGUAUCUUAGUCUCUUCAUCCAUGGCCUGGCAACACAUUCUAGUAAUGAACUCUUCCGGAUUGUGGCCCAUCCUCUAAAUGAAAAAAUGUGGUCAGCUGUAUUUGGUGGAGGUGCGCAUGUUCCCAGCAAAGAACAGACGCACUCAAAAGCUGUACCUGUUUCUUCACUAGUUGAAGAAGGAGAGAAACAGAACAAACGUUUUAGGCCAUCAAAAAUGUCUUGCAGAGAAUCUGCCCCAUCGAGCUCUUCCUCACCACCAGUAAAUCCGGAGUCACUGACAGUCAAAGAGAAGUUCAUUCCACCAGAGCUCAGUAUUUGGGACUAUUUCAUAGCCAAGCCUUUUCUACCCCCUUCCCAAAGUAGAGCAGAAUAUGAUUCAGAGGAGAGUCUGGAAAGUGAUGGAGAUGACGAGGAGGAGGAGGAUGUUUUAGCUUCAGAUUUCCAUCUCCAGGAACAUUCUAAUUCAAAUUCAUAUAGUUGGUCAUUGAUGCGACUGGCAAUGGUGCAAUUGGUGCUCAACAAUUUGAAGACUUUCUAUCCCUUUGCAGGUCAUGAUCUUGCAGAACUUCCAGUUAGUUCACCUCUUUGUCAUGCGGUUUUAAAAACUCUUCAGUGUUGGGAACAAGUUCUUCUCCGUCGACUUGAAAUUCAUGGUGGACCACCUGAAAACUAUAUCGCAGGUCAUACUUCUGAAGAGAGUUUGUCUGCAGGACCUGCAAUUCUCCGUCACAAAGCAUUAUUGGAACCUUCAAACACUCCUUUCAAAUCUAAACACUAUCUGGCACUGUCUGUGAAGAGGCUUUGGCAGUACUUGGUGAAGCAGGAGGAAAUUCAGGAAACCUUUAUUAGAAAUAUAUUCACGAAGAAGCGGUGUAUAAAUGAGUCAUUAGAGGACAACAGUGAAAACAUCAAAAAUUCUAUGAUGGACGAGCCAAACAUCAAUAAGAUAGAAGCAGACUUGGGGUACCCUGGAGGUAAAGCCAGAAUCAUUCAUAAGGAGUCUGACAUCAUCACUGCCUUUGCUGUGAAUAAAGCAAAUAGAAACUGCAUAGCAAUCGCGUCCAGCCAUGAUGUUCAAGAACUGGAUGUUUCUGGAAUUUUGGCUACACAGAUCUAUACUUGGGUAGAUGAUGAUAUAGAGAUGGAAGCCAAAGGAUCAGAAGAUUUCUUGGUUAUACAUGCUCGCGAUGAUUUAACAGCUGUUCAGGGAACAACCCCGUAUACACACAGCACUCCUGGCACUCCCAUCAACAUGCCAUGGCUUGGUAGUACCCAGACGGGCAGAGGAGCAUCCGUGAUGAUUAAGAAAGCUAUUAACAAUGUCAGAAGAAUGACUUCUCAUCCAACCCUUCCUUAUUAUCUGACAGGAGCUCAGGAUGGAAGUGUCAGAAUGUUUGAAUGGGGCCAUUCUCAGCAAAUAACUUGUUUUCGAUCUGGUGGCAAUUCAAGAAUUACAAGGAUGAGAUUUAACUAUCAGGGAAAUAAGUUUGGAAUAGUUGAUGCUGAUGGAUAUUUAAGUCUGUAUCAAACAAACUGGAAGUGUUGUCCAAUUACUGGAACCAUGCCUAAGCCAUAUCUGACUUGGCAGUGUCAUAACAAAACAGCGAAUGAUUUUGUCUUCGUCAGCUCUUCGUCUCUGAUAGCUACAGCUGGCCUUUCAACUGACAAUAGAAACAUAUGUUUGUGGGAUACUCUUGUAGCACCUGCCAACAGUUUAGUCCAUGCUUUUACCUGCCAUGAUAGUGGGGCCACAGUUUUAGCAUAUGCCCCAAAGCAUCAGCUCCUGCUCUCAGGGGGCAGGAAAGGCUUCACGUGUGUGUUCGACCUUCGCCAGCGACAGCAGAGGCAGCUGUUUCAGAGCCACGAUUCUCCUGUGAAAGCCAUUGCCGUGGACCCGACGGAAGAGUACUUUGUUACAGGGUCUGCUGAAGGCAACAUCAAGAUUUGGAGUCUGUCUACAUUUAGUCUUCUCCAUACUUUCAUCAAUGAACAUGCUCGGCAAUCCAUUUUUAGGAAUAUUGGAACCGGAGUGAUGCAAAUUGAGGCAGGACCCGCCAAUCACAUUUUCUCUUGUGGAGCUGAUGGAACAAUGAAAAUGAGAAUACUGCCAGAUCACUUUAGCCCCUUCAGCGAAGGGUUGAAAAACGACGUGAAAUUUAUGCUAUAACGUUAUCACGUGAGAUGUAUCAUGUAUUGCCUGUGCUGUGGACGUGGGCAGCAGACAUGGUGUACGGGAUCACUCCAUGCCACCAGUGAGCUGACGCUUCCUGUUCUCCUGUUCAUUCUGUGGAGCUUCGCCCCCAUGCACUGAUGCCUUAAAGAGUAACAAGGUCCUUCAGAAUGAGAUGAUGUUGCCUAACGUAGAAUGUAUAAGUGAUGCUGUCAUGAUACAUAUUUAUAGUAUGUUCUAGUGAGUAUGUUGUAGUAUUAAAGGGGUUUUGUUUUCUUAUACUUGAUAAAUCCUUCUGUAAAUAGAUCUGCAUGGAUUUCUCUCAUAGUGAAGUACCCUUUAUGUAAAGGCAGUUACUCAUCAGACUCCUCAGUUAACUCACCACACUCACUUCCUUACUCAGACUUCCACAUCUCAGAUUCCUCUCCUCUUAAUUAAUGAUAGACUGAUUUUUGGGUAAGAAACAAAUAGUGAGCGUCCCCAUUCAAUCUGUCAUUUAGGACCUAAGUGGUCAAUGAGUCAAAUGGCUCGUGGUGUAGUUUCCAUCAGUUUCCCCUUUGGAGCCCAGGUUGUGUGUAUGUAGGUGCACACAUGUAUGUGGGUGUGUAUGUAUCUUACACACUUAGUGGAAGUGUGUGUGUGUAUGUAUGUAUAUAUACAUGCAAAAACUACAGGUCUUUUUAUGUGUUUUUGUGCCAUAACAGUUACUGCCUCCAGAAUAACACCUUUUUUGGUCACUUUUUUCCUUUUUAUUUUCUUUAAUUUUCGACUUCCCAUCUUAAUUGUCAAAGUUCAUAAAGACUUUUAAGAUUAUUCUUUAAAGUCAAAUAAGUCUUAGCGGGCACUGAAGAUUCUAUGUUGGCAUAUAUUCCACUUAAAAGUAAGUUUGUGAAUUUGUAAAAGGACUUUUAAGCAUCAUACAAGCAUUUUUCUUAAAUUUUAUUUUAUCUCUUUUUUUAGGUGCUUCUGGUCUCAAAAUUAUUAAAACAUUGUAGUAGUUUUUAGAAACAAAUGUGAAAGCAGUCGAAUUAGACAGUAUUCAGAAAUGUAAAAUACCUUUCAGAUCUACCAUUAGUAGACAAUAAAUUAAAACUUAUAUUUUAUUAUUUUUGCCAAAAUACAUUAUUUUAUUAUAAAGUAUGACCAAAUAUUAAAGAUGCACAAUGUUUUUAACUUAAAUAUGCUACCCUAUUUCUGUCUGUUUUGUGCUUUUCUGAUUCAGAAUUAUGGAGAACUUGAUAAAUACUUGAUUUUAAUCAAUAAGACUAGAGACAGAUGGGACUAAGUAUUUAAGGGACAAUUAUAUGCUAUUUAGCCUAAAUAUACUUUGUUUAAUAGGAGCUAUAAAGUAAGAGCAUUUUUAUGUAAUAAAAUAUGGACAACUAUUGUCUUGGGAAUUAAAGAGUCAAAUAAAGCAAAGAAAUGAA